AUGAAGAAAGUGGAUGAUGCUUAUUCCGAAUUCAGCUCUGUGCAUACCAAACUCGUUGCAGUGAUUCCGGAUGAAGCAUUUAGACAACAAGAAGAAGUGUACAUUGCCUUCGAAGAUCGUUAUGAUCAUGUGCGAACAGCUAUUGAAGAACUGAUGAUGGCAUAUGAAUCAAAAACCGUUAAAACCCAAACCUCACAGCCCCAAGUAAUAGUGCAGCAGCAACCAUUAAAAGCGCCUAUUCCCACAUUUGAUGGAUCCUACGCCAAUUGGACAAAAUUUAAAGCCAUAUUCCAGGACUUGAUGGCUAAUUCUGGAGACUCGGAUGCUAUUAAGCUGUAUCAUCUGGACAAAGCUCUUGUUGGUGCUGCUGCUGGGGUCCUUGAUACUCGAGUGAUAAGUGAAGGAAAUUACCAGCAAGCGUGGGACAUUCUUACCGAGAGAUAUGAGAAUAAAAGGAUCAUUGUGGAGACGCAUAUUCGUGGCCUUUUCGACAUCCCGAAAAUGUCUUCAGGGUCAUAUUUGAAAGAGCAGUAUAUACAAUUCAUGCGUGAGUAUGAAGAAUUAGGACACUGUAGAGAAAGCCAAGAGGAAAAAGAUGACCCGAAUCAGCAAUAUUAUUAUCUUCCGCAUCACACUAUACUACGUCCGUCCAGUUCUACUACCAAGUGCAGGGUAGUAUUCGAUGCUAGUGCUAAACCUACCGAGGCUAGUCUGUCGCUUAACGAUGUGCUUCAAGUGGGUGCAACAAUACAGAAGGAGCUAUACGAUAUAAUGCUGAAGUUCUGUACGCACCGGAUCGCAUUUACUGCCGAUGUGCCAAAAAUGUAUCGACAGAUAAACAUGCAUCCACAAGAUACACCAUUUCUACGUGUCUUUUGGCGAGAGCAACCAUAUGAUAAACUUCGGGUCUUGGAGCUUACAACGGUAACGUACGGGACAGUAGCAGCUCCGUUUCAAGCCACCAGGUGCUUGAAGCAACUAGCUGAAGACGAAUCAUUCGAUUUUCCUGUCGGUGCAAGAAUUGUCAAGGAGGAUUUUUACGUGGACGACGUUCUUUCUGGGGCAGAUUCACUUGCAGCGGCCAUCGAAGCAGCAGAUCAACUGAGGGGAAUCAUGAAGAAAGGAGGAUUUUCUCUUCAUAAAUGGUGCUCCAAUUCAAAACCCUUCUUGGAACACAUACCAAAGGAUCAACAAGAGCAACUAAACGGUUUGGAAGAAAGCGGACCAAACAGCGCUAUAAAGGUACUUGGUUUACUCUGGGAUCCAAGGGAUGACAUUUUCCGCAUAGCUAAACCCGUUCAACGUGACAUACAUCAUCGUGCUACCAAAAGGAUCAUAUAUUCCGAAGUGGCAAAACUAUUUGAUCCGCUAGGACUUAUCUCACCAGUAAUUGUCGUCGCUAAACUCCUUGUCCAGCAUCUGUGGAAAUGUAAAGUUGCUUGGGAUGAUCCAGUGAAUCAGGAAAUUCAGGACGCUUGGGACAAAUUUUCAAGUGCAUUAUCAGCUCUGGAGAAAAUUUCAAUUCCUAGACGGAUAACGUUCAACGAUGCAAUAUGCUACGAAUUACACGGGUUCGCCGAUGCAUCCGCUUUGGCGUAUGCUUGGAUGAAGCUACCAACGCAUCGACUCAAGGUUUUUGUACGAAAUCGUAUCCACGAGAUUAACAGCAACACAGAUGGAUAUGAAUGGCGCUACAUACGAUCCAGAGACAAUCCAGCUGACAUUAUCUCUAGAGGACAACUUCCAGACGAUUUGAACGACAACGAGCUUUGGUGGUACGGACCGAAUUUUUUGACGAACCGUGAAUAUGAAGCAGAAGCUGUAGUAGACAUCCCUGAUCAUGUCUUGCCUGAAACAACAAACUCUGAAACAGUUGCAAUAGCAGUAGAAGAAGAAUUUCCAUUAUUCAACCGAUUCAGUGACUUCAGGAAAAUAGAAAGAAUCAUGGCUCUAGUUAUUCGGUUUAUUUGCAACACCCGGACAAAGGACAAAUCCAAACGAACAAUACUGCGAUAUGUCACGAUCAAAGAGCUUCGGCAAGCGAAUCAUACGAUACUUAAAAUGUUGCAGUAUUCUGAACUAGCCGAGGAAAUCUGUCGAGUGGAAACAGGGGUUCCGUGUCGCAAAAUAGGAAAUUUGAAUCCAAUUCUCAUCGAUGGAGUGCUUCGUGUUGGAGGACGUCUUCAGCAAUCUAACUUGACAAUGAACCAGAAACACCCAAUAAUAUUGCCAAGGAAACAUCGUCUUACAAAAUUGAUGAUUCAAGCUUUGCAUAUCGAACAUCUACAUCUGGGUCAAAAUGGAUUGACGUCUACAUAUUACAAGGACUUGUGUACGAUGUUUCCGCACAAGGCCACAGAUGGCGACGCAGCUUAUGGGAAACCUUCCACCAUCUAG